AUAUUUAAAAAAUGAAGUGGGUUGUGAACCAAUUCACCUUUGCGUUGAUUAUUAUUGCAACAAUAGUGUUUUCAGCCUUUCCUUCAAGCUGUAGUGAUGAACAUUAUUCAUCAGCUGCACCUAACAACUCUGAUCCUACCACUUUUAAUGUCUUAGACUAUGGUGCCAAAGGUGAUGGUCAUGCAGAUGACACUAAGGCCUUUGAAGAUGCAUGGGAAGCAGCUUGCAAGAUAGAUUCCUCAACAAUGGUUGUUCCUUCUGGCAAAGUGUUCUUGAUCAAAUCAAUAUCCUUUGCAGGCCCUAAUUGUAGACAAAACAUUGUUUUUCAGUUGGAUGGGAAAAUCAUUGCACCCACAGACCCUAAAUCUUGGGGCUCAGGGAGCUUGAAAUGGAUCGAGUUCACAAAGCUUAAUAAGAUUACAAUAAAGGGUAAAGGUGUCAUUGAUGGUCAAGGCUCUGUUUGGUGGAAUAAUGAUGAUGAUUCAUCCGUAGAAGAAUCAACCACAUCUCCUUUUUCGGUGCUUCCAAGCAGUGGAAAAUUACCAAGCACUAAACCAACGGCACUUAGAUUCUAUGGAAGCGACGGUGUAACAGUGACAGGCAUAACAAUUCAGAAUAGUCAACAAAUGCAUCUAAAAUUUGAUUCAUGCACAAAUGUUCAAGUUUUUGAUAUCAAAAUUUCAUCACCUGGUGAUAGCCCCAACACAGAUGGAAUCCACUUGCAAGAAUCUCAGAAUGUGGUCCUCCAUAGCAGUACACUUGCUUGUGGAGAUGAUUGUGUGUCUAUACAAACCGGAUGUUCCAACAUAUUCAUACACGACCUCAAUUGUGGACCAAGUCAUGGUAUCAGCAUUGGAGGCCUAGGAAAGGAUAACACCAAAGCCUUUGUUUCAAAUGUCACUGUCCAAAAUAUUAAUAUCCAAAAUUCCCUAACUGCUGUCAGAAUCAAGUCAUGGCAGGGAGGAUCUGGGUCAUGCAAAAAUGUAAUGUUUUCCAACAUCCAAGUUUCCGAUGCUGAGACUCCUAUAAUAAUUGAUCAAUACUAUUGUGACAACAGCAAGUGCAAGAAUUCCACGUCAGCAGUGGCAGUAUCAGCAAUAAACUAUUUUAACAUCAAAGGAACAUACACAAAGGAACCUGUCCGUUUUGCAUGUAGUGAUAGCGUACCUUGUAGUGGCCUAACACUUGAUACCAUAAGCUUGGAACCUAGUAAAGGGGUUAAGGAUAGUGCUCCAUUCUGUUGGAAAGCAUCUGGCAAAUUGAACACCAAAACGGUACCUCCAAUUACUUGUCUACAGCAGAGUAGCAACACAUUCAAAUUAGGGAUUUAUAUGUUAACCAGCAAAGGUUUUAAUUUUCUUAGAGAAUUAUUAUAAAGUAUUACUCGUAUGGAGAUUCGU